CUGAGCGUGCCCCUGGGGGUGCUGCUGGGCUUCGCUCUGCUCGGUAACGCCAGCCUCGUCGCCACCAACCUCUCGCUCCUCCUCAACUUCGUCGGCUUCUACCAGGUCAGCAUCAUCCCGGCCGUCUGUUUCUUCGAAGCUGUCUUCAAGGGGCGAUCGUUCACCCCGCGGGUGAAAGCAGCCGUGGCAGUGGUGAUGCUGGGAGUGGCUCUCUGCACUGUAUCGGAGAUCCAUGUCAACCCGCUGGGGCUGGCUGUGGCGGCCUUCGCUGUUCUCUGCUCCGCCAUGCAUAUGAUGAUCCAUGUGAACCCACUUGGACUAGCUGUGGCGGCCUUUGCCGUGCUCUGCUCUGCCAUGCACAUGAUGUUUGAUGUUUUAUACAUGAGCUGCCUCAACAUGCACUGUCUGCAUGGGAGAGUGGCUCUCUGCACUGUCUCGGAGAUUCAUCUCAAUCCGCUGGGUCUAGCUGUGGCUGCCUUUGCCGUGCUCUGCUCUGCCAUGCACAUGAUGCUGAUUGGUCUGCUCCAAGAACGAUACGCCAUUGGUUCCUUCGAUCUCCUCAGCCAAUCAGCCCCUAUCCAGGCGUUCAUGCUGCUCCUCAUCGGCCCUUCCCUCGACCUCCUUCUCACCUCCCGCUCUCUUCUCGACUACCACUACCAGCCCUACGCCAUUCUCUUCAUAACGCUCUCUUGCUGCCUAGCCGUGGUCUGCAAUCUCAGCGCCUACCUCUGCAUCGGGAAAUUCUCCGCCUCGACUUACCAGGUGUUAGGCCACAUGAAGACCGUACUAGUGCUCGUGCUGGGAGUGGUGCUAUUCGACUCUGCCAUCUCCCUUAAAGGCAUCCUCGGUAUGUGUAUAGCGGUCACAGGAAUGGUUAUGUACGGCCAUGCUACUGCCACGCAGGCAAGUGCUCCAGGAGCAGGAGGGGGAGGGGGAGGAGGAGGAGCAGCGGCAAUGGAAAGAAGAGUGGGGCGAGGAAAGGGAGAAGCAGGCAUGGCAGGGGGGGAGGAGAAUGAAAGGGAAGAGAUACCAUUACUCAGUAUUGUGGUGGGUUCAGAGGAGGACGAAGAGGAAGAGGAGGAUAUGGACGAGAGGCGAGAUGAUGAGAAGGGGUUACUGAGGAAGCAGAGUAAUGAUAGUUAUAGAGCGGGUGGGUUCAAGGAUGGGGCAAGAAGGGCAGUGGAGACCUCUGAAAAGCCGAUCCAGAGACCGGAGGGUCGGUUCUGUCAGAUGAGUCGAGCUUUUCAGAAGAAUGCAGGAGCUGAUGCUCCUGAGUCACGAUGGCAUGGAGAGGAGGGGAAGGAGGGAUGA